AACGGCUACGGAGCAGACAUUCAAAGUUUCAACCAUCAGCUUUUGACGCCAUCAAAGCACCCUACCCUUAACUGCCAAGAGUAAAUUCUUUGACCCAACCAAAUUUCUAGCCGUUACCACUCGCUCCCUCGCUAUAUCAACUUAAAAAGCAUUCACAUCUCCUUGACCAAUUAAUCAUAUGAUAGAUCGAUUCCAUGGCAGAGGUUGAACCAAUCUUGGUUGCAGGCUCCGGAUGCCCAGAAAUGAAUCAAUUCCCCGCUGACACCGCCGCCGCUUGCUUUUCUUCUUCUCUGGCAUUCUCUCUGUUUGAUGAUAGUUCGAAGAAUCUUCAAGGCACAGCGAAUGGUUUGAAGAGAAAGAGACCACUCAAGAUCGAGAUCCCUAAUGUUCUGCGAGAAAUUUCUAUGGACGCUUUCAAGGGGAAAAUUGAGAGUGAAAACGAUGGCGCCAUCUGCUGCUUUACUGGUUCUAAUUCUGGGGUUGGGUUUGGUGUCUGUUCCCUCAAGGGCAAGAAGAAGUUCAUGGAAGAUGCCCACAAGAUCUUUUCUUCUUCAAACGGAGAUAAGGUAUUCUUUGGGGUGUAUGAUGGGCAUGGAGGAGGCAAAGCCGCGGAGUUUGUGGCAGAUAAUUUGCAUCUCAACAUUUUUGAAAUGUUGGGAAAAGGUGAAUCAAAAGAGGAAGGUGUUAAGAUAGGGUAUCUGAAAACAGACGAGGAAUUCUUGAAACAGGGGUGGGGUAGUGGUGCAUGUUGUGUGACAGCAGUGAUUUGGGAGAGGGAGAUGAUGGUUUCAAACUUGGGUGACUGCAGAGCUGUUGUGUGUAGGAGAGAUGGUGUGGCAGAAACUCUCACAGCCGAUCACAGGCCAUCGCGGGAGGCCGAGAGAUCAAGAAUUCAACAAAAUGGUGGAUAUGUGGAGUUCCAUCGCGGAAUGUGGAGAGUUCACGGCACGCUGGCUGUUUCAAGAGGCAUCGGCGACGCUCAUCUCAAAGAUUGGGUGGUGGCAGAGCCCGACACACGGAUCCUACACUUGACUCCAGAAGUGCAGUUUUUGGUCUUAGCAUCUGAUGGGCUCUGGGAUGAGGUUGGCAAUCAAGAAGCAGUGGACAUUGUGAUAAAGCAAAUACAGUCUCAAUCUCAGUGGAACAUAGGCAGCAGCAGCAGAAAAUAUUGUUCCUUGGUUAAAUCAGAGAGAAGGAUAUUCCAUCCAAAAGGCCGUAGUAGUAAAUUGUGCCAGAAAAUAAACAAACCAUGUCGGGAAAGCCCAAACAAACAAGAAGAAGAUGAUGAUGACGAUGAACCAUCCUGCUCUUCUCCUCCUCACAAGACCAGGAGAACUUCUGAGGCAAAGAAACUGAAGACGAUGAUGAUGAGAAAAACCAGCAGGAAUGAGAAUCAGAAGCCAGCAGUGGUCAAUGGAGGUGGCCAUGGCCUUUUAGGCGCAGCUUGUAAGGAGCUUGUCGAUCUUGCUGUGAGUAGGGGUAGUUUGGACGAUAUUACAGUCAUGAUAGUUGAUUUAGCAGCAGCAACAGCAACUCCUUCAUGAAUCCGAUCCACAAGAACAAGCUCACAUAAACCAUUACACAACUGCUACAGAAGAGCUUCACUU